GGCAAUAUGCCUUCUGCUGUGCUUCCUGACUCUAGAUGGAGUGCGCUCGCGACUGCUUUGCAGGAUAUUGAAAACGCGUCAAGGAAUCCAAAAAAUAGAAGAACCGACACAGUUCCCUUGGUUGAUGCUUUUACUAACGGUGCCUUUGAAUAUGGCGUUCCAGCGGAGUUACUGGAAAGAGCAGUCAAUGUUGUCUCUCAAGCGAACCAACUUGACCAAGCCAGCAUUGCACGUAUUAUAAAAUCGCUAUAUCCGAUGGAGAAUAUCCCAGCCCAUAUCAUCAUCAAGGUCGUAGGUUGCCUUGGCCAAGGAAGGAAUAAACCGUCACUGCCGACUCAAGCUCUGCUAUUGAGAUGGCUCAUUCUAGUUUAUGAAACUCUGGAUCAGCCUUCUGUUUUGAGCAGACUCUAUGGAGUGCUUUUCGGCUUUCUCGAUAUGCUGAGCCUACGGGCUCCGCUGUGUCAUAUUCUGUCUAUCAUUACACGCAGAAAACACGUCAAGCCUUAUCGAGUACAGACGCUUCUUGAGCUUUGUCAAAGCUUUGGAAAUGAACCACAUAUUAUUGGUUUGAUACGUAUCUAUAAGGAAUUCUAUCCUGAUAUAAUCAUCAAUGAUGCCUCAAAAGGGCGUGGAUCCUACUUUGCUCACCCGGAUCCUGAAUGGCGCGAUCAUCUUCGUCUCAUCCAAGAGAAUCACGCGCAGAGAGAUUCCGCCUUUGAUCGUCAACCCUCAGGGUUCAGGGUCAAGCGGGUUGGCCCUCGACGACACAAAGACUUGGCCGUACCAGAGGUACACACGUCUAAAGUGAAAGAGGGAUCCUUUUCGCUUGAGGAAAUCGAUUCAGUAGAAGACUUCAUAGGGAAGCUAGAGAAAAUUGAGCUACCAAAUCAAAUGGUAUCUGCAAUUGAUGAUCAUCUACUUCAAAAAUUUCUCGUCUUGCGGCCGUCCGAGACAGCUUUCAAGCGACUUGAGUUCUGGCUCGCGCAUUGUUUCGAGGAAGAGAUGUAUCAACCUUGGGGCAGCCCUAUCGAGAGCGGUACUCUCUCUCUGCUGCUCUCAAACCUGGUGCGCUACGUCCAGUAUAACAAGUCUAUUCCGGCUUCGGCGCUCUCUUUUCUUCAGUUCUACCUUCCCAAGUGGAAUGGCACAUCCAACCUGGACGCCGUUCUCGAGCUCUUGGCGUUCCUUCCUCCGCAAGAAUUCGAAGACCUGCGCACUUUUUACCUGAAUCAUGUCGAGAGGGCUCUUCUUAGCCAAGGAAUUCACGGCAUAACAACUCUACUUGGGUUUUACAGUGCUCUUCUGCGGCAGUGGACAGUGAAAAUAGUCACCGAGGAUGGAACCUCUGGGUCUGCAAUCAACACAUCCCAUUCUAAAGCAUUCGAAAGCUUAUCCCAGCACGUCGACCUUCUCAUCGUCAGCCUGCUCUCGAAUGGCUCCCCUUCCACAGUCCUCAGCUUAGCCAUCCUCUCAUUUGAAGAGACAAUCGCAGACGCUCUGACAUAUACAAUCGAGCAUCCUGGUAUUCGAAUCACCAUUCCCUCUUCUCACGUCGUAUAUAGCCUCUUUUUCACAUCUUCGCUCUCCACGAUUUCGCGUCUCAGUCAUGUGCUUGCCUCCUACAAGCUCGCGUUUGAAGCUUGCAUGACCCAUAUCUCGCCGCAAGGCGAGGGCGAGAGCAAUGCGCCAUGGUUGACUUAUCCCCGCGAAUACAUCAACCAUUUCAACGGAUAUCUCAUGGACAUUUGCAACUGCCUUUGGCGCAAUCGAGCUUUCAAUCAGGAUGAUCCCAAUGCGCUGGGGUGUCUGAUGCCAACCUCAGCAUUGCCCGUGCUACGCCGCUACGCGGACACUGUAGGUCUCGCUCUGCCAGUCAUAUUCGGACUGAGCCAUUCUUCAACCCUCUGCCGCCUCAGCAUCGCCUCGUUUCGAGAAAUGGAGGAUCAUGCUUCCGAAGAACAAGACGGUCUCACUGUUCGUCAUGCCGGGCCUGUCACCCAGAGAACUCUCACCACUUUGAGCGAGGAUGGCGGUUUACGCACCACGUGGACAGAAUAUAGAUUAGAAGUGCUGAAAUGGCUGGACGAGAGGGGAGUGACGGGCAUCACGAGGCUCAUGUCCAACACAAUGAAACAUCUCAUGAAAGCCAGAGCAGGAUAG